UAUAUACAGUGGAUGACGACCUCUGGGAACCACAACAAUCAGAAAGGAAGAUGACAAGUUUUUCUAUUUGCCGCGUUUGCACUCUUAUACUAGUUGUUAUUCUGCAAGUUUUGCACGGAAAUGCAGAAAGUUUCUAUUCGUUUCAGGUGAAAGAUAUUUUUGAGCAGGAUGUAGAGUUAAAUAAAUUUGAUGGAAAGGUGUCUCUAGUUGUGACACGUAGCGACCAAUUGCGGUUUCACGGAAAGUCACUAUAAGGACUUGGUGCGUCUACAAGACAUGUUAAGCGUAGACAAGGAUGGCAAAAAUGUUUUCAAUGUAAUGGCAUUCCCAAGUAACGAGUUUGGAGGUCAAGAGCCAGGACCAAAUGAAAUGAUCUUCCAGUAUGCAACUGAUAAUUAUGGCCUUAAUUUCCCCUUGUUUGCUAAAGUCAAUGUCAGACAGGAAGACGUCUCACCACCCUGGAAGUUUCUGACAGACUCGGCCGAGCGGGUCCCUAACUGGAAUUUCUGGAAGUAUCUCGUUGGCCGUGAUGGGAACAUCAUUGAUGCAUGGGGACCACAUACCAGCGUUGAUAAGAUUGUUACAUACAUUCAGAAGGCAUUGGCUGGUGAACCGCAGCCCAAAACAGAAGCUAAGCGCACACAGGAGCAAUCAAGCGCAGAUCACAAGAAGGCUGAGGAUGAACUUUAGAUGUUCGCCCAAUCGUGCCACUUGAGAUUAUUAUCGUCUCUCAUCUCUCGCAACAGGUUUAUUAGUUAAUUGAUUGGUUAUCAUUCACGGAAGGCAUUCACAUCUUUUACUGCAUUUAAAAAAUGUUGAAUAUGUACCAGCUGCGGUGCAUUAUGUGUAAGAUAAUGUCUUCACUUUGCCGUAUCCCGAAUUUAAAUGGUUUAUAAUUAUUUAUUAGUGGGCAAGGAUACAUAUAAAGUAUAACUGGGGACUGUUGUCAGUAAAUAAUUUAGUCCCAACAUUAAUUUUUUCUUAUAGGCCAUUGACAGAAACAUGGUAAAGUUAAAGAGUUUCUCAUACCCACUGUAUAGAGGUCCAGUGUACAAAGCAAAUUUAUAGUUAAAAUACUAAUGUUAUGACUACUUUUGUUUCUGACAAUGGACCCAUGGCUUCCAAAGGCAGUUUCUUGAGUAUCAAGCCCUCCACUCACCUAGUGAAAAGCUUUGUUAGGAUAAAUCCACAUACUCUUCAUUCACCCAUCCAUGUUGUGCAUCUUGUUCACGCAUUCAGUGUUGUAAAUAUGCCCUUUGUCUGGUGUUAGGUGAGUGACCUCAGCUAUUGAGUAAUUGCGGAUGAUAAUGGUCUGAAAUGGAGGAACAAACAGGAAGUGGAUAACUACUUCACACUUGUGAUUUCCUGCCUUCAACAGUUAGCACAAAUCUGUUUGCUUAAGCCUAGGACACACUGUGCGAUUGAUAAAUACGGUGCCGGGUCCGCGUGGUGUGUCCGGUCUCACGGCAGUGUAUUUUGCUCGCGAUCCCAUACGCCCGGUGCAUCGCUCGUAUUCAACAUGUUGAAUAUUUCCGCUCGGUUUUUCAUCACGUGCGAAUAAAUACGCCUAAAUAACCUCCCGCCUAACACACACUGUUCCAACUUUAUUUAUUUUCACCUGUUACUGUACAUGCUAAUACGGCCAGCGUGCAAAAUCGUAGUGUGUGUCCAGCUGUACGUGUAACUCGUACAGCGUUCUAAAAUCGUGAGCAAAAAUAUACGCUGCCGGGCAGCGUACAGAAUUGCUAGUGUGUCCUAGGCUUUAGAGAAAAUCAGCAGUCGACGGAAAACAGAGGAAAGCAUUGAAAUAAUUACAGCAAAACAAUUGUUUGAAUUUUUUUAAAAUAAUUUUGCUCGCAGCGUUGUGCAAAAUUGCCCAAUUAUGAUGUUCAAACCACAUUUUUGGUUGGAUUGUGUAAUUCAUCUUGGUUGGUAAUUAUCCACAGGAUACAAAAGCGUUUGUCUCGUUCAUUGCCACCGACCAUGUCGGGGUCACCUUACACAAUGCACACUAAAUAAUUCAAGGCUUGCUUGAACAAUCAUGUUACUGUGCAUCCGAAUUCAUGUUACUGUACGAGUGUAUUUAAGAUCCGUGUUGUCUCUCUACACCAGCACCGUCCAAUUUUUAUAGAAUAAGCGUACGUUUUCUUUACAAUGAUUUUUUUAUAGAGUACUACAAUGGCCUACUAUUUAUAUACAUGUAAACAUUUCUAUACACUGUUAUUGGAUGGAGAGCAUUUAGCUAUUUUGUAUUUGCACUAGCUGGAGGACUGAACAACUGACAAUCAUCUUGAAAAUUGAUAAGAAGCAACAGGAAUAUACUUAUAUUAUGCAAAUUAUUUGCAUGCUCUAUAUUAAAUUCCUCGUGGUGAUAAUACUAUAAAAGGUUCAGUUCAGUAUAUACGGUAAUAAGAAUGGUUUAUUGUGUAAAUGAAUUCCUAGUAGUGUAGGCACAAUGAUGUUAGCAUUGAAGAGAAAAAUGUUUUUAUAAAAUGGUUAUUGGUCAAAAUAACUGGCUCAUGCAUUUUAUAAACAUUCCUUGUUCGAGUAUAAAUCCAAUAAUAGAGUGCACCACAUAAAGACAGUGAUAGAAGAUUAACUUCAAGGCAUUUAUUUACAAAAUUGUGUAUUUACAAUAAAUAAAAACUUGUUCAUUC